GGCUGUCACUAACCCGGGCGGGCCGGGGCUGCCGCUGUACCCGGGCGAGGUUAGCUCUGCAUGAAGCUCUUGCACCCGCUGUCCCCGGCUCGCAAAUUCCGAAUAUUCUCAGGAGCCCAGAAAGCAAGCAGUCUAGUUUUGCAGAAAAUAACCCUCCCAAGUACGUAUUCUUUCAUGGCGCUGGGGUUCUGUCUCGAUUUAGGACUUGCCCUUUUUUUUUUUCCCCUGCCUCCCCUCUCCAGAUCGCAGCGCUGGCCAAUGCGAGUCAGAGUGCCUGAAAUACUUCUGGUGGGAUUUUUUUAGUUUGUUUUGUUUGUUUCAUUACAAUCAUCGGUUUAUGUAGCACUGGCAACAUCACUCCAGGCUAUUUCGCAAGAAAUAUUUCAGGCGGUGCACAUCGUCUUUAGCUGCUCCGAGAUCUCGCAAGUAUCUCGUAUCCUAAAGCGACAGGGCAGCGUGAGGGAUUGCAUUUCCCAAACUGCAAUACAGUAUAAUUGUGCUAUCUCGUCUAGCGGACCUGAAUGGUUUGUUUCCAUAAAUUUCUAAUAGACCAUCGGUAAGGGAGACCGGAGGGAUGAAAACCAUGCUCCCGGCCAUGUAGACAAGCCUUUGACUUUUGGCUAGUUCAAGUCCUUUUUGUUAGUGCCAAAGUUGCAAGACUGGGCUACAGUUGGGUUUAGGGUAGGGAAGGACUUGCCACCCUGGCAGGAGCGGCCGCGACUCCAUUCCACGUUAAUUUAUAGGGAAAUGUCUGUGUUAUUACAGUGCUCUGUGUUAGAGAGAAACUGAAAGUAACUAAUCGGACUCAGGUCUCGGAUCGCUCUUGCUCCAAACAAGAGCUAAAAUGUUACUUCCCUCAGUCCAGUGAGUUGUUCAAAGGCGGGAUGGUGGGCGAAGGUAAGAGGCGCCGACACGCCGGUCCUCGGCUGCAGCCCUGAGCUCGGCGCGGCGGGACCGCCCUGCCCAGCCGCUGCCAGGAGGAACGGCCGUCUCGAAGUCGCUCGGGUUUCUGCGGUGGAGCAGCCCUCGAUCUCCAGAACCGCAGAAGGCUCUGCCAGUCCCCCCCUGCUACCUCUGCCUUGCCCCAAACCACGGCAGGGAAAGGACCUGCCUGCCUCCGCAGCCGCCUCCUGGUCGUGCCGCCCUGGAGCCGGCAGCUCCUGCCUGCCUAUCUCUGGGACGCGGGCUGCGAUCGCUGAGCCCGCGGAGGCAAACCCUUCCUGAAAGAGCGGCUGCAGCGGUCUGUGGCAGCGGCGGCGGGGCUGGGAGCGCCUGCCCGCCCGUGCCCGGCGGCGCUUGCCCGUACGCUGCCGCCGCACGCCUGCUUUGGCCGGCGGGGCAGGACGCGCGCUGUGCAGCAGGCAUGGCACGGCACAGCAUAGCAGGGGCUGGGCAAGGAUAGGUAUAGACCUCCCAAAAGCAGCCUGCGGGAGCUGCCGUGCUGUCCCUGGGAACACAGCAAGUGCCAAACGUUUGGUCAUAGGCACAGCCCUGACUAACUAAAAGGAUGCCUUCUGAGUCCUGGUAUGUACAGCCAAGCGCUUGCUCCAGCAAACAUUCGUGUGCUUAAUGUAACGCUGACCCCUUUAACUUUUAACAUCGCUUCCCCUAAUUAAUCUGUUCAGGCCCCAGACUUAAAUGGCUGUCCACAGCUGCUGCAAAUUGAUUUAUCCCCUGAUGGUGGUCUGGGUUGCUGACCAAAGCAGGAUUUUUUCUUCUUUUUUUUUUUUCUUUCUUUCCCCUCCCCAUUUUUGGUCUACUAAUCCGUUUUGACUUAUUUCCUACUUACAGUAAUGCUUGCAUGCUUUUUGAGGGACUUAGAAAAUAUUUUCUUCUGACAUGUAGCUAGAAACAUAAUUAUUGUAUUUGUAAACACAAUAUGUUAGGGCUAAGGGUGAAUAUAAUUUAUUUAAUUAUACCCUUGUAGCCUUACACUUCCGUUUCCAUUUCUGCAUCCUGACAGAUGCAAUGGAAACUUUAAAUAAGCAACUUUGUUAACUGUAGUUUGAACCAAAACAUGAAAGACAUUUUUAGAUUUGAAUUCUGUUGUCCAGGUUUUCUGUUCUGCUUUUCUGUUAACGGUUUAGUGAAUCUGGCAAGACAAGAGGAUUGAAACUGGUUCCUAAUAGUUGUUAAAGCUAAUGCUUGACCUUUCCACGGGAAGUCUGAAAACCUCAUUCAGUUUAUUCUGGGCCGAUUUCCUUAGGAAAUCUAAUAUGAUCAGGGAAUUUCCUUCAGUUUGGCUGAAUGUUAAAAAGUUAGUCUAUCUUGUUUAUACCUUCUGAGUUUAGCACUAGGUGUUUUGGUUGCUCCCCAUCAAUAGAAAAAAUACUAGGGGAAAGAUCUGAAUAUGGCUUAUUCAUAACUGUGUAGUCUUUGAAAAGACAAAGUUGGCAAAGGCUUUGUCAGGUGUGAGAUGCACAGAAAACAUUCUGUGAAGGUUUUUUAACUAGAAGUUACACUUAAUUUGAUAAUUGAUAACUUUUCUAAGGUCAGUUUUAUCAUGUGUGAACCUUUGUGUAACUGCUACUUUCAAUUCAUGAGUCAUUUUUCUUCACUGUCAUGGGAAGCUCAACCACAUAUCAGGGCAAGAAACCCCAUAUCCCACCAAAAACCCAGCCCACCCUUAAAUCCGUGGAUGCCUCUGGGAAGCUGAAGCCAGGCAAGUGGUACAGGAGAUGAUGGCCGGGCUUCUUCCCCUGGCCCUACAUUUGCAGGAGGGUGAGCGGCUGUAAGAGACAAGAACCAUUCUGUUUGUAAUGGAAUGCAGACAGCAGUGUUAGGUCACUGCUUCCUGGCAACUGCUGCACAAGUUGUUUUUCUUCAAAGGCUUUGAGCUUUUAAAGUUUCCAAAAUCUUUUUAAGUAAAACAUUGCCUUCUACCGUUUUUGACCACCUUAACGUUAACUCGUUUCGUGCCUAAAUAAUGGACCAGUAAAACAUCACACAGUGUCUCUCAUCUGUAUGCGCUUAACACUAUGUAUGCCUGUGCACACAUGGAGUUUUGUACUGGAAGUAUUGUUUAUAGAAUAAAGGGGAGAAAAAUAGCUCCACCUGGAGUGCUGGUCAGUGGCUAGUCAGUUCAGGACAUUCUUCCCUGUCAAAUCCUGUUUCUCACUUUUCUGAAAUGAACUUCAGACGACAGGCGUUGAAUGUGGAGCUCACUUAACUGAGGUACUGUGCAGACUGCAAACUCCUCCUUGCCAGACACUUGGGGUGAAGUAGGCAUCUGCAGUAUUUGCAUUGGGGGUGAUGGGAGAAAGGGCUUGCAAUUGUCAUUUUCAUCUUUCAAAUCCACUUGCCACACUCCAUUACUGUUAAAUCUUUAGCUAAUUGAAUAAGGAUACUUGCAUGUUGCUGUUGCAGGAGCUUCAGAUUUUUUAGAUGGUGGGGGGGGGAGGAGAUCUUGUUCUUUGUUCUGUAGAAACUUCAAGUUGUCGCGCAGAGAUCAAGAAGCCUUAUCAGCUGAAAUAAAAUGUGAAUGUGGCAUUGUGAAGGGGUUAUUUCUCAUGGCUUGCCUAAAGAAACGUAAAAAGGAAAUUAUUUUUUAUUUGAAUACAUUAAAAAAACUUUGAUCCAUGUAGUUAGUAGCAGCCUCUCUUUUUCAUACGGCCUUUACUAGCAACCUAUAACAUUUAUAAAAGUUUGAACUCACACUGAAUUUAGAGUAAGUAGUGAGUGUAAAUUCUUAAAACAUUGGCUUCCAGAUUACAUUUUCUUCACCUUCUUUCACAUGGAAGAGCUAAAAGUUAGUUUAAAACCUGAACUUUUCAUGUAAAGGGUCUUGGUUUUCCACAUGGAAGUUCCUUUUUACAGAAUUGCCUUAAAAUCAGUUAUUCUGUUCUUAUUUACUAUAAACUUGAUUAGUUUGAUACAUGGUAGCAAAAAUACAUCAGGAAGUAGCAUACUGUGUGGUUUUGUGGAUAAAGAAAAAUCAUCAGCAGAUGUAAAAUCAAAGUCAAAAUAUCCUGCCCUUUAAAAGGCUUUUUUUUCCUCCCAAAAUAUUUUCAUCUGAAAGACAUUUGACUUCCAUCUUCAUUUUUUUCUUUUUUUCCUGCCAUCAAUAUGAAAGUUUUCAAAUAAUGUUUAGAGAACAGUGGAGAUUUUAUUAAAGUAAACAUUAGUUCAGUAUAAUGGAGGUAAUUGUAAGUGAUAAGAGCAGAGCAGGUUAUCUGUGUGUUGUUUAAACAGAAGGAGCUAUUUUGCACCAUUUCCAGUAGCCAUCUGUAGAGGAGAAGGGUUUGCACCUGUCUGUCCACACUAAUUAUAGAUUAGGUCCAAAGAAAUGAAAUUCGAGUAGGCUUUCUCUUAAUGAAAUCCAUAGUGAUUUUAUUGUAAAUGUGUUUUGUGUACAGACGGUGAUGGUUGGGCUUUGAGUAAAAUAAAUUGCUGUAUGGCUGUCAUGUACUUGUAGUUGUAAACCAGGAUACUGCUGCAUUAACAAAGGUGCUGAAUAAAAAUGCGGCGCUCCAUUUAGGUCCUAGGCUUCAGUAGUGGCUUUAGGUAGGUUUAGUCAGAAAGGUUCACUGUAAGCAGUGUCUUUUAGGGGUAUAUUCCAGGGUAGGCUUCUUGGUUCCCAUUGCUUUUGUGUCAAUGUACUGGCAUAUAGGUGGUCCUUGGACUGAAAUACGAGGUAGAAAUGGUUUCAUGUUAAAUAUGUACACACACACAUGCAGAGCGUGUCAGAAAUACUCUCCUCUGCUUUAAUACUAUAUUACUAAAAUAAAGUAGAAAGAGCAAGAAAUGCAUUCUGCAGUAAAAGGUCACAUGAAUUUCUACCACAUCUGUUUAUAGUAAUUAUGAACAUAAUUAACAUAAGAAUUACAAGUGAAGUAAUGACAAGCUGAGCUAUAAGACAUUAUACCAUAAUGGUCAUAUGUUGGAAUUCUCACAUUAUAGCACACUAGAAUUCACAUAUUCAAUGCAAGAAAGAAAAUGUUAGAUUUUUAUCUAUUUUAAUGCUUCCAAACUUAUCUGCCUGGGGCAGAUGGACUUUACGCUUUAUAGGAAGGUAACCCAUUAUUAAGAGUCAGUUGAAAUUAAGAUUUCUAGCCUGCAGCUUGGACUUUUGAGACAGCUGUGCUUAUGGAACACCACUUCUGUUACACAUUUGUACUCUGAUUGUAUUUAUUUUAUUAACACACAUUGCUUUAUUUUUGAAUGUGAGUGUUUUCGCAGCAAACUGUUUACAUUAGGAAGGAUCCUGGAUUAGUUUUUCUUUAGAGAAUUGUGAUUUGAGUAGUAAAACUGCCUGUCAGACUGGCCAACAUAGAUAUGACACACAUGGUGGCCCUGCAAGAUGAGAAUCUCGUGGAUCUUAAAUUAGUUCGUGGCAUGAUACAUAUGUAUUUCAAGGAAAAAAAAUCCAUAACAAAUUAAAAAGAGCAAUCUCUCAUUUGUACAUCAUAUUUUGAAAGAGCCUAUGCAGAGAAAAAGCUCUGUGGUGCCUUGCAGGUUGGAUUAAAGUCACUUUUCUGUAGAAAUGCGUAGAACAUACCAUUAAGUUUAGGGCUAAGGUUUCAAAUGAGUUGACUAACUUUUGUAAUCUGACCUGUCUGAUUACCUCUAAAUAUGGUUGUCACACAACUGACAACUGGAGAAGUUGAGGGAGAAGCGUUCCUUCUUCAGGGUAAAAAUACUGGCUGAGGAAUGCAUAGUAAAUUUGACAUGUGAAAAUCAGUUUUGUCUUUAAUGAAAAAAAAUCAAAGUCCUGUUUUUGUGAUGGGAAAAUUAGCCAAACUGCCGUCUUUCUAAGGUUAAACGAAUAGAGUGGUUUAUGAAAAAAUAAUAAAAAAAAAAUUACCUUGUGCUAUGUCUCAGUGAUACCAAGAGGUUUUCGCAUUAUUGGAUUAGUGGAGGAUUUGUGACAGACCCCUUUCUAUCUGACAUUCAUUGCGGUGACACGAUUUUCACACACACACCCCUCCCCCCAUCUAGGUUCUGGUUUUCACUUUGUGUUAUGUGUCAAAUUCCCUUUCUUUAUUUUCUUGUGGAAAAAACCUGCUAUCUUGGACGAGUGAUUUGGGAAGAAGUUCUGCACUGAACAAUGCCUGUCUGUCUCUAGUGUGUCAUUGUAUCAUCCCAGCCUUCACGGGGCUCCUUCGCAGAUGUGCAAUGGAAAUGUGUUUCCUUAACAAAUAAGUGUUGAUUCCUAGGGAGAAACAUAUUUAAAACUUGAAAACCUGAGGGCACAGAGUUCGCUUGGCAGCCUGGUGCUGGAGCAGCCAUUCUGCUGGCUGUUUGUGCUUGUGGUAGGCAGGCUGGGCUGCUUUGCUGCCUCCUUCCCCAUACCUCAUGAUAACCCAGUCCUCCUUGAUGAAUCCCGUCAAAACAAAACCUCUGUUUUCUCAAAACCUGAGUUGUUAAGUGUAGGGAACGAAUCUGGCUUAUCGUUCAUCCUCUGGUGAACGAUGCCACCCCUUGUAGCGGCAGUGUACUGUUUAGGCUCUUCUGCCACUGCCAAGGCUGAGCGGCUUGGGUUAGGUCGGGACUUGACCAAAUCAGGAGCGGGUACCUCCCACUACCACGCUGGGCCGGGAAACUUCUGGAGCUGUCGUGCUCCGUGCAGGAUAUAGGUAUGGUCAGUGAAGCAAGAGCCGGCUGAAGGCAGUCCAUGGGGACGUUGAUUUGAUGGAAAUGGAAGCGACCUCAGGUGAGGGAGCCCCGGAGAGCACUGCCCUCCCCUGGGUCUGUGCAGAGUCCUUUACCGGAGAAGUUUCAGGGCAACUUCCAGGGGCAGCUCCGGGUCGGGCGCCUGCCUGAGCUCGGGCAGAAGCACGGACCGGGGCACGCGGGGAGCCGCCGCCUUCCUACCCGGUGGGCGGUGCGGAGGUGGCGCCUCUCGGCAGGCCGGGCGCGGCCUCCACGGGGACCCCUCGUCGAGCCGUGCCGCCCCGGGCCCGUUCUCUCACACCCACUGUACAUCCUCCGGCCUCCGUCUGGGCCGCUCUGAUACCGUAAUCGCCCCGAUGCACGCCGCCGUCCCGCUCCCCCCGCGCCGGUAGGGCCACGGAUGCGCGAUGUGCCGUCCUUGCGCCGCAGAUAAGCUGCGAGGCGUGUAAGGCGCACAAAGCCCGGGCCGCGCCGGCGCCUCCCUCCCUCCCUCCGCCGGAAGAUCGCACUGAGAAGCAUUCCACAAUGCCAGACUCACCUGUGGAUGUGAAGACACAAUCCAGGCUGACGCCUCCAGCCAUGCCACCUCCUCCCACUACCCAAGGAGCUCCAAGAACCAGUUCAUUCACGCCCACAACGUUAACCAAUGGCACUAGCCAUUCACCAACAGCGUUAAAUGGAGCUCCAUCUCCUCCUAAUGGCUUUAGCAAUGGGCCAUCCUCUUCCUCUUCCUCUUCUCUGGCUAACCAGCAGUUACCGCCAGCUUGUGGAGCUAGGCAACUCAGCAAACUGAAGAGAUUUCUUACAACCUUACAGCAGUUUGGCAAUGACAUUUCACCAGAGAUUGGGGAGAGAGUGCGUACCCUUGUGCUAGGACUUGUGAAUUCUACUUUGACAAUUGAAGAAUUUCAUUCCAAACUGCAAGAAGCUACUAACUUCCCACUGCGACCUUUUGUCAUCCCAUUUUUAAAGGCCAAUCUGCCCCUGCUGCAGCGGGAGCUGCUGCACUGUGCAAGGCUAGCCAAGCAGAACCCAGCCCAGUACCUCGCCCAGCACGAACAGCUGCUUCUGGAUGCCAGCACCACCUCACCUGUUGACUCCUCAGAGCUGCUUCUCGAUGUGAACGAAAACGGGAAGAGGCGAACUCCAGACAGAACCAAAGAAAAUGGCUUUGACAGAGAGCCUUUGCACUCAGAGCAUCCAAGCAAGCGGCCCUGCACUAUUAGCCCAGGCCAGCGGUACAGUCCAAAUAAUGGCUUAUCUUAUCAGCCCAAUGGUCUGCCUCAUCCCACCCCACCUCCACCUCAGCAUUAUCGUUUGGAUGAUAUGGCCAUUGCCCACCACUACAGGGACUCAUACAGACACCCCAACCACAGGGACCUCAGGGACAGAAACAGACCUAUGGGGUUGCAUGGCACACGUCAAGAGGAAAUGAUUGAUCACAGGCUAACAGACAGAGAAUGGGCAGAAGAGUGGAAACACCUUGACCAUCUGUUAAACUGUAUAAUGGACAUGGUGGAAAAAACUAGGCGAUCUCUCACUGUACUACGGCGAUGUCAGGAAGCAGACCGUGAGGAGCUCAAUUACUGGAUACGGCGGUACAGUGAUGCAGAAGAUUUAAAAAAAGGCGGUAACAGCAGCAGUAGUCAUUCCAGACAGCAGAGUCCAGUGAAUCCAGAUCCAGUUACAUUAGAAUCGCAUCGGGAAUUCCUUCACAGGCCUGCGUCUGGAUACGUGCCAGAGGAGAUCUGGAAGAAAGCUGAGGAAGCUGUCAAUGAAGUAAAGCGUCAGGCGAUGGCCGAGUUGCAGAAGGCAGUGUCAGAGGCAGAGCGGAAAGCUCACGACAUGAUCACUUCCGAGAGAGCCAAGAUGGAGCGCACGGUUGCUGAAGCCAAGCGCCAGGCUGCAGAGGAUGCACUAGCUGUUAUCAAUCAGCAGGAGGAUUCAAGCGAGAGUUGCUGGAACUGUGGCCGGAAAGCUAGUGAAACCUGCAGUGGUUGCAACACAGCACGAUACUGUGGCUCAUUUUGCCAGCAUAAGGACUGGGAGAAGCACCAUCACAUCUGUGGACAGACCCUCCAAGCCCAACAGCAAGGAGAGACACCAGCAGUGAGCUCCUCUGUGACGCCCAGCAGUGGGGCCGGGAGCCCCAUCGACACUCCACCAGCAGCCACUCCUAGGUCCACCACCCCGGGAACCCCAUCCACCAUAGAGGCGACUCCUCGUUAAAACUGAACUCGAAACUCUGAAAACAAACACAACAGAAAAUGAAACCAAUUCCUCAUCCUCAGAUGCGCAAAGAUUUUAACUGAACUGUCAAUACUUCAAUAAGAAAGAACUUACUGUAUCUUGAGGUGGUAGAAAAUACAGAAGGCCAGUAACGGGUCAUAAUGACUUAUUGUGGAUAACAAAGAUAUCUUUUCUUUAGAAAACUGAAAAGAGAGCAGAGAAUAUACACAAAAUGAUAGAUUUGACCUCCUCCCUGUUAUUUUCCAGUAGCUGGGAUUUUAAACUAGAUGACCUCAUUAACAGAUGCUUUACCAAACAGCAAACCAAGAGAUUGCUAAUUGCUGUUGAAAGCAAAAUGCUAAUAUUAAAGUCACAAUGUUCUUUAUAACAAUAAUGGAAAUUAAAUAAAAAAGAGAGAGAGAGAAAAAAAUAACCCUCAAGGGCAUGAGCAUUGGAUACAGCAGUAGACAUUUUAACAAGAAGAUGAAUGGCGUCCGUGGGUUACUGACUGAACUUUGAAGACCCGCAUCAAAACGCGCAGAUGUGCAGCAGAUUGGAAGGAGACACAGAUGUUCAUUUUUUUUUCCUGUUUCUGAAAGAAAUAAAAUAAUAUCCAGGUCAACAGAAUGAAAAAUGAAAGAUGAUUUGCAGUGGGAUGUAGGACUACAGCAGCAAAGAAAAAAAAUGCCAUAAUACAAAAGGCUUUUUUUUUUUUCCUUUUAAAUACAGAAAUAAGGGACACAGCCUGCAAUUAAUUAUCAUCCUGGCGGCUUUGACAUCAGCCAGCUGCUCCAAGUAAACCUUUCAACAUUUCUUCACUUUUUUUGCAAGGUUCCACAGAGUAUGACAAUCGGGUCUAUUCCAGCUCAUUCAUUUUUUGUAUUGAAAAUUGAUAAUAAUAGUUAAUAAUACGGUGGCUCCAGCUCCAGCCCCUUUCCAAAAUUCUUUCCACCCCAUCCCGUUUGGAUUUUUAAUUAAGAAAAAAAAUAAUAAAAAAAGACAAAAAAAAAAAAAAAGAAAGAAAAAACCCCCCUAGUAGUUCUCUUGGUGUUAAAACACUUCUGUCCUGUGAGGUUUCCCAAUGGUGUUUUUCUUGUAAAUGUGUUGGACAAAUGUGAAGAUGCAUUGUAGUUUAACCAUGCUCACAUUUAGUCUUCUU